CUCCUCCCUCCCUCCUCCCUCCUCCUCCUCCAGCCGGUCUCACUCCUCUCUCCCUCUCUCCCGGAGACUCGUGUAUCUAACGGUGAAGCAGCGCGGACAGACCCCGGGACAACAUGGCGUCAGGUGUGACAGUGAACGAUGAGGUCAUCAGGGUGUUCAACGACAUGAAGGUGAGGAAGUCCUCGUCCCAGGACGAGGUGAGGAAGAGGAAGAAGGCGGUCCUGUUCUGUCUGAGCGAGGACAGGAAGAAGAUCAUCGUUGAGGAGGGGAAGCAGAUCCUGGUGGGGGACAUCGGAGAGACGGUGGAUGACCCCUACGCCUGCUUCGUUAAGCUCCUCCCCCCUAACGACUGCAGGUACGGCCUGUACGACGCCACCUACGAGACCAAGGAGUCCAAGAAGGAGGACCUCGUCUUCAUCUUCUGGGCUCCAGAACAGGCUCCUCUGAAGAGUAAGAUGAUCUACGCCAGCUCUAAAGAUGCCAUCAAGAAGAAGUUUACAGGUAUCAAACAUGAGUGGCAGGUGAACGGUCUGGACGACAUCCAGGACCGCAGCACGCUGGCGGAGAAGCUGGGCGGGACCGUGGUGGUUUCUCUGGAGGGCAAGCCGCUGUGAUGUCACCGUGGCGAGCCGAGCGGAGCCAAGCCAACCGCCGUGCCAUCCGGACCGAAGCACCUGACCCCACCUGAACACCGCCGCUUCACUCAGCAGCUUGCUCUGUCUGUCUCCAUGUCCUGAAGGAGUUAGCGUCUUUAGGCGUCUUUGUUUCUUUUUGUUUUGUUCUUUUUUCCGACAUGACGGAGAUCUCAGUCACGAUAUGCAAACACCUCCCGGUUUGUCGCCACAUGACUUCACCUGGCGAUCAAACUAACGAUGACACACUACCAAACCCCAGGACGGCUGUCUCUCUCGCAGCCAGAGUUUUGCCAAAAAGUCCAUGUGAAGGAAGCAGACGCACGUGUCGGAGGCGAGCGCCGCGAAGCUCCGCCUCCUGCAGCACAUGGGUCGCAGCAUGAAGCUUUUUACAUAUGACUUUAUUUAUUAUUGUUCACUGUUGUUUCUCCUCCAGUGUGUUAAAGCAGGCAGACGUAUUGUUAGACUAUGCAUCAGACGAAGAAGAAGAAGAAGAAGAGUCGACCCGGCACUUUUUGUUGAAACACUACGAUGAGACAGAAAACACUAAACCCCCCCGACGUCAAAUCCUCCGUGUUUAUGUCACCAAGCUAACGUUUGUUUACCUCAGUGUCAUUCCUGUCGGACUCGCCCUCAUUCUCGCUGUGUGGUCAUCAUCGCCUUACUUUCAGUUUGAAUGUAACCGUCACAACACGUAGUUAGAGCGCACUUUUAUUUUGUAAAGAAACACAACAGGAAGCAGAUUUGCCCCCGCCAGUGAGAGACGACCCCACAACAAUAACAACAACAACAACAACAACAACACGACGACAUCUGGAGCCUUAAAGUGGAACGUUGUUUCUGAGAUCACAGGAAGCCACUUUGCAAUAAAAGCCUGUGGCAGACA